AUGUUGGAUGAUGACGACACUGCCAACGAUGAUGACCUUACGCCACCUCCGGAAAACAUGAGUCCGGUGUCGGGAAGCAACGAACGCGCUCUGGAAGACGAGAUUGUUGUCGGCAACCGUAACGGUGCCCCCAAGUCGUCGCCACUUCGCGUCGUGUCAGAACCUGAGGACGAAAACAUGGCUGACGUCGAGGAUGAGCCUGUUGUGUCGCAUUACCCCAAGCGCAAGCGUGCGUCUGUCUUCAAUGAUCUGGCCGAAGAUAAGAUGGAGAGCAGCCUCAUCUCCGAGAAGGAAGGCACUCCCAGAGCAACGAAGCCCCGGAGACAUGGACUCGGUGGCGUGAAGGGCGUUAUCCUCGGUUACUGGCGAGAUUCCCCCGUCCCCGACCCUAAGGGAAAGCAUGCGGUCAUUGGCUUCAUCGAUGUCCGCGAUCGUCUCCGCACUCGCAUUCAGCAAAACACCAGAUUCGGCUCCCCCGUCUCCAAUCUCGAAUACCCCCUUCCCCCCGGUCCUGGCGGUAGCUGGGUUACCUUUGAACGGGUGGUGUUCGCCGACCACCUUGUAGGUUUGGAUCAUCAUCAAGUCAAGGAGUACGUCAAGCUUCGGACAGACGCGUUCGACGAGACCGAGGAGGCACGGGAUGAAGCGGAGAAGGCGGCCGCUAAGGAGGCCGUUCGCCGAGUUGAGGAGAACCCACCUCCGGAGGGCCAACUUGCACCUGCUAUCGCUUAUGGGGCCGAUAUUCCUGAUCACGCAGUCAGCUCAUCCCGUCCGGAUUCGAAACGCCGUCGCACUGGCAGUGGUAUCGGCACGAUUAGCGGGGGACCUGUCCAGCCCCAACCGACGCGUGAGAUUAUUCCGACGCCUCAGUUCGACCCUCUGAUGGGAACCAGACCCACCAGAAUCAUAGUUGGCUUCUGGAAGGGGUCCAGUGAGGCAGACCCGAUUAACCGUCACGCGGUCUACGGUAUCCUCGGCCAGAACGACAUGUUCCGUGUCAAGGUCGCCCGCGAGACCCGCGACAAGCGAUUCGUUGAUGGAAACUUCCCCGUUGGCGCAGGCGCUUUGUGGAUUCACUGGGAAGAGGUCGAGCUGGAGCCCCAUCUAAAGAACCUGUCCCGUGCCGAGGUCAAGGAGUACUGCCGUGUUCGCCAAUGGCAAAUCGAUCAGGGUGAGGCACCGGACGAUCGUGCCAGGAACGAAACGCAGGCGGUCUUGGAGGCUCAGGCUCGCGUCGCUCAAGGAUACAAGCCCGGUAUGCAGCAGGUCAUUCCCGCCCAGAUCGUUCCCCAGCCCGAGGAGGAUGUCGAGUCACUAGACACGAAGCCCGAAGUGCCCCAGGAACUGCGCCAGAGCCGUAGGACUGGACCAGGAGGCAUUCGCCAUUCCCUCCCCGACCUCGAGAUUCGACAAUCGUCCCGCACACCGGUCGCUCAACAACAGAAUAAGAUCGAUGCCAGCGCUCGCCGCGAGAUUGCCCGGAUCGAGGCUGCCCAGAUGCGCACCGAGCGCUUCAAUGCCGACCGCGAUGCCGCCAUGGCCGCUGCCGUAGCUCAACAGGCUGCGGUGCCCCAGCCCGCCCUCGCGCCCCCGCAGAUCCCGCCCCAGGCUAUGCCUAAGAUGCCUGUGCCCAACGGCAAUGGCCAGCGCAUGAGCAGUCUUUUCCACGAACGUGACGAGAUGCAGCGUCUCAACAAGGUCUGGGCCAGCCAGGAGGAGCAUCGCAGCAGAGUUCAAGGCGAGGAGACCAAGUUCUACGCCGGAAUCAAGUAUGAACGCAAGCAGAACGGACCGUUUGUCGGCAAGCUCGUGUCGCAGGGCACCAUCAUCAGCAUCGACGGCGAAGACUACGUCGAGUACCGUGUGCUCACGAAGCCCAGCUUCUUCUGA